AUUGAUGAGUGCCAGUCUGCCAGGUGCCACCAGGAAGCCGUGUGCUACAACACCCAGGGGUCUUUUACCUGCCAGUGCAGGCCAGGUUACUACGGUGACGGCUUCUACUGCUCCUCAGGUACGUCUCUGUGGAAUGGAAGGCCAUCAUGGCUGCCUGUCAGGUAAAGACCUGGCUUGCUCUGAAGUCAUUAACCAUUUUCUUCAUAUUCUGAUCCUUUCAGUCAAAAUAUAUCUCCAUUCUCAUGAUUACAGAAUGUUUACAGAAGAGCUUGAACAGUAAUGGGAUAAUGUUCCAUAGCAACACCCCCCCUCUUCCUCCCCCAACAUAGCUUUUACUGUUUCCACAGAGGGAUGAGUAGAUAACUGACACAUUGAAACAGACCCAGACCUACUGCAUCACCAGCCACUGAUGUUCAGCUGUAGCCCAGGGGUCACCGGCUCAUAUCUGCCUGCCACAACUCUGAUAGUAAUAAAUACAUUUCACUUUGGCUACAGGGGAUACUUUGUCAAACGAGACACACAAUCCCUCUCUCUCUCUCUCUCUCUCUCUCUCUAUCUCAAUAUAUCUAAGAUAUCUCUAGAUAAGGAGUUCAUUCGCCUUUUUGUCUUCUCUCUCUCUCUAGAUCUCUAGCUACUCUCGAUCUCUAUAUCUAUUCUCGGUCUAAUAUAAUCUCUCUCGAAUAGAGGUGCUCGCCAGCAAGAGAGAUCUCUAGCUCUGUCUAUGCUAUCUCUCUCUCUCUAGUCUUAUCUCUGCUCUCUCUCUCUCAUCUCUCGCUUCUCUCUCUCUAUCUCUCGCUCUCUCUCUCUCUCUCUCUUUCUUUUCUCAAAGCAUAACACAUUCCUAUUGCUCUUGGAAAAGCAUCAUUCUUGGAAAAAGAAAACACAUUCCUGCUUUGGAGAGGGAGAGAGAGAGAAUCAAAACAGGGCUCAAACAGGGCUCAUAUGACGAGAGUGGAAUGAGCUGGCUAGAUCAAAGCCAGGCGGAUUACAACUUCCAACAGUCACUCCCUACAGUAGCUACGCCAGCUAUACACGUCCAUAAUGAAUCUAUAAAGCUCUGACAACACAGAUCCUGCAUGUACUAUAUUGAUUGUCUUUCACUCAGAGGGGAUUCUAUAUACCCAUCUAGGCAGACUUCAUCUUUAAGUCCUCUUUUUAAUGUAUUUCCUUCCGAGAGCGAACUAAUAACCCAACUGCUGAUGUAAAAUUGCUUUAUAAAUAACUUUGAUUGAACGAUUGUUAAUAUAUCCCUCCUUCCAGAGCAUAAGAAGACAAAGUGUGAGACCCACAGAGACCGUCUCCUGGGCUCUGCAGAGUUUGGCCGCCAAGGGCCCCAGCCGGUGCCUGGUCAGUACGUGCCCACCUGUGACAGCCAGGGGGCCUACGAAGCCACGCAGUGCCACGGCUCCGUCGGACAGUGUUGGUGUGUUGACCGUAAUGGACUGGAGAUCCCAGGAACACGCUCUGGGACAAGCAGACCGCUGUGUGAGUUUAUACUCUGCUUCGAUUAAGAGGACAAUUGACUUUAGUGUAAAUCUAUCAACAAUUGGAGACUUGAGUGGUAAUUUCCGUUAAGCAAACAGAGACUCAAGUCAGAAUACCGCCCUUAGUGAAUUACAUGAAUAAAGACUCAGUCACUGCAUACGUUUAGUAUUCAACGAUUUACAGCUUUGGGAGAAGGUACCACUCUGACGAUACAGUCAGUUUGUUCCCUGGUUGGUCCAACUCCCAGGCCUGAUGUCCGUUGAUUGAUUGAUUGAUUGAUUGAUUGAUUGAUUGAUUAAUCUGUCUACUGCAGGUAUAGAACAGGGUGUAGUUCGUCCCCCAGUGGGUCCUACUCCCAGGCCUGAUGUUUACCCUCUACCCCCCGGCACACACCUGCUCUUUGCUCAGAGUGGACGCAUCGAGUUUGUCCCUUUGGAGGGCUACAACAUGAAGAAGACAGAGGCAAAGACUGUUCUGCAUCUACCGGUGAGAAGUUAUUGUUGUUGUUGUUGACAGGCCUGUACAGUGAGGGAAAAAAGUAUUUGAUCCCCUGCUGAUUUUGUACGUUUGCCCACUGACAAAGACAUGAUCUGUCUAUAAUUUUAAUGGUAGGUUUAUUUGAACAGUGAGUGACAGAAUAUCAACAACAAAAAAUGUUAUAAAUUAUAUAAUGUCUUCUUCUGCUUUCUUCUUGCGUAUUCUUAUUAGUCUUCUUCUUAUUCUGCUUCAUUCUUAUUUCUUCUUCUUCUUCUUCUUCUUCUUCUUCUUCUUCUUCUUCUUCUUCUUCUUCUUCUCUUCCAGUAACUAACUCUUUAGUGAAGGCAGUCAUCUCUGUGGGGGGUCGAGACUGGAUCUGUCUGGUUUGUGUUUAGUUGUUAUGAGGUUACAUACCAUGUGUAUGUUGUUUGGAAUAGUUUGAAUGCUGUUAAUAAGUAGUUGAAGUGGGUCGGAGAGGGGGGGAGGGAGAUUUUCUGCAUUGUAUGAGUUGUGCUUAUUUCGGUAGUUGUAAGUCAUGAGGUUUGUAGCAGUGGGUUUUCCUGUUGUCUUCUUUAGGAUGUAAGGUCAUGAGGUUUGUAGCAGUGGGUUUUCCUGUUGUCUUCUUUAGGAUGUAAGGUCAUGAGGUUUGUAGCAGUGGGUUUUCCUGUUGUCUUCUUUAGGAUGUAAGGUCAUGAGGUUUGUAGCAGUGGGUUUUCCUGUUGUCUUCUUUAGGAUGUAAGGUCAUGAGGUUUGUAGCAGUGGGUUUUCCUGUUGUCUUAUUAGGAUGUAAGGUCAUGAGGUUUGUAGCAGUGGGUUUUCCUGUUGUCUUAUUUAGGAUGUAAGGUCAUGAGGUUUGUAGCAGUGGGUUUUCCUGUUGUCCAAGCUGUAAGUCAUGGGUUUGUAGCAGUGGUUUUCCUGUUUCCACGUGUAAGGUCAUGAGGUUGUAGCAGUGGGUUUUCCUGUUGUCUUCUUUAGGAUGUAAGGUCAUGAGGUUUGUAGCAGUGGGUUUUCCUGUUGUCUCUUAACGCUUAAGGUCAUGAGGUUUUGUAGCAGUGGGUUUUCCUGUUGUCCAACGUUUUGUAAGGUCAUGAGGUUUGUAGCAGUGGGUUUUCUGUUGUCCAACGCUGUGUAAGGCCCAUGAGUUGUAGCAGUGGGUUUUCCUGUUGUCCAACGCUGUUGAAGGUCAUGAGGUGUUGUUGCUGUCUAUGCAGUGGGUUUGUUCGCAACGCUGUAAGGUCUGAGGUUUGAGCCAGUGGGUUAUUCCUGUUGUCCAACGCUUUUAAGGUCAUGAGGUUUGUAGCAGUGCGGUUGUCCUGUUGUCCACAGCUGUAAGAGUCAUGAGGUUUGAAGCAUGGGUUUCCUGUUGUCCAACGCUGUAAGGUCUGAGGUUUGUAGCGUGGUGUUUCCUGUUGUCCAACGGCUGUAAGUAGGUAAACAUGAGGUUUGUAGCAGUGGGUUUUCCUGUUUGUCCAACGCUGUAAGGUCAUGAGGUUGUGUAGCAGUGGGUUUCUGUUGUCCACGGCUUUUGUAAGGUCAUGAGUUGUAGCAGGGGUUUUCCUGUUGUCACAACAAUGUGUAUGUAAAGUAUGAGUUGUAGCAGUGGGUUCUUUUCCUGUGUGUAACGCUGUGUAAGGUCUGAGGUUUGUAGCAGUGGGUUUUCCUGUUGCAUACUGUAAGGUCAUGAGGUUUUGUAGCAGUGGGUUUCCUGUUGCCACGCUGUAAGGUCAUGAGGUUUGUAGCAGUGGGUUUUCCUGUUGUCCAACGCUGUAAGGUCAUGAGGUUUGUGCAGUGGGUUUUCCUGUGUCCAACGCUGUGAAGGCAGAGGUUAUGUAGCGUGGGUUUUCUGUUGUCCAACGUGUAAGGUCUGAGGUUUGUAGCAGUGGGUUGUCCUGUUGUCCAAGCGUGUAAGGUCAUGAGGUUGUAGCAGUGGGUUUUCCUGUUGUCCACGCUGUAAGGUCAUGAGUUGUAGCAGUGGGUUUCUGUUGUCCAAGCUGAUUGUAAGGCAUGAGGUUGUUGUAGCAGUGGGUUUUGUUUCCAACGCUGUAAGGUCAUGAGGUUUGUAGCAGUGGGUUUUCCUGUUGUCCAAGCGUGUAAGGUCAUGAGGUUUGUAGCAGUGGGUUUUCCGUGUUGUAUGCUUUUUAGGUAUGUAAGGUCAUGAGGUUUGUAGCAGUGGGUUUUCCUGUUGUCCAACGUUGUAGUCGAGUGUAAGCAGGGGUUCUGUGCAAGUAAGGUUGAGUUGUAGCAGUGGGUUUUCCUGUUGUCUCAACGUGUAAGGUCAUGAGGUUUGUAGCAGUGGGUUUUCCUGUUGUCCAACGGCUGUAAGGUCAUGAGGUUUGUAGCAGUGGGUUUUCCUGUUGUCCAACGCUGUAAGGUCAUGAGGUUUGUAGCAGUGGGUUUUCCUGUUGUCCAACGUGUGUAAGGUCAUGAGGUUUGUAGCAGUGGGUUUUCCUGUUGUCCAACGCUGUAAGGUCAUGAGGUUUGUAGCAGUGGGUUUUCCUGUUGUCCAACGCUUGUAAGGUCAUGAGGUUUGUAGCAGUGGGUUUUCCUGUUGUCCAACGCGUGUAAGGUCAUGAGGUUUGUAGCAGUGGGUUUUCCUGUUGUCCAACGCUGUAAGGUCAUGAGGUUUGUAGCAGUGGGUUUUCCUGUUGUCCAACGCUGUAAGGUCAUGAGGUUUGUAGCAGUGGGUUUUCCUGUUGUCCAACGCUGUGAAGGUCAUGAGGUUUGUAGCAGUGGGUUUUCCUGUUGUCCAACGCUGUAAGGUCAUGAGGUUUGUAGCAGUGGGUUUUCCUGUUGUCCAACGCUGUAAGGUCAUGAGGUUUGUAGCAGUGGGUUUUCCUGUUGUCCAACGCUGUAAGGUCAUGAGGUUUGUAGCAGUGGGUUUUCUGUUGUCCAACGCUUGUAAGGUCAUGAGGUUUGUAGCAGUGGGUUUUCCUGUUGUCCAACGCUGUAAGGUCAUGAGGUUUGUAGCAGGUGGGUUUUCCUGUUGUCCACGCUUUUGUAAGGUCAUGAGUUUGUAGCAGUGGGUUUUCCUGUUGUCCAACGCUGUAAGGUCCAUGAGGUUUGUAGCAGUGGGUUUUCCUGUUGUCCAACGCUGUGUAAGGUCAUGAGGUUUGUAGCAGUGGGGUUUCCUGUUGUCCAACGCUUGUAAGGUCAUGAGGUCUUGUAGCAGUGGGGUUUCCUGUUGUCCAACGCUUGUAAGGUCAUGAGGUUUGGUAGCGUGGGUUUUCCUGUUGUCCAACGCUUGUAAGGUCAUGAGGUUUGUAGCAGUGGGUUUUCCUGUUGGUCCAACGCUGUAAGGUCAUGAGGUUUGUAAGCAGUGGGUUUUUCCUGUUGUCCAACGCUGUAAAGGUCAUGAGGUUUGUAGCAGUGGGUUUUCCUGUUGUCCAACGCUGUAAGGUCAUGAGGUUUUGUAGCAGUGGGUUUUCCUGUUGUCCAACGCUGUAAGGUCAUGAGGUUUGUAGCAGUGGGUUUUCCUGUUGUCCAACGCUGUAAGGUCAUGAGGUUUGUAGCACGCUUUUGUAAGGUCAUGAGGUUUGUAGCAGUGGGUUUUCCUGUUGUCCAACGCUGUAAGGUCAUGAGGUUUGUAGCAGUGGGUUUUCCUGUUGUCCAACGCUGUAAGGUCAUGAGGUUUGUAGCAGUGGGUUUUCCUGUUGUCCAACGCUGUAAGGUCAUGAGGUUUGUAGCAGUGGGUUUUCCUGUUGCUCAACGGUUUCUGGUUAACGUCCCAAAUGGUAUCCUAAUCCCUAGUGCACUACCUUUGACCACGGCCCAUAGGGCUCCAGUCUAAAGUAGUGCACUAAACAGUAUAGGGAAUAGGGUGCUAUUAGGGACGCACCCCCUGUUUACUUUGACAUUAAGGAAUCAUUCAUCCGGUGCUAUAGAUUGUUAUAGUUUGUUUUGGACUUUUAAGGACGUAUUUAAAAAUUCCACAACAGUUUGUGUUUAUGUUUAUUCUGAUUCUGCUGUUACCAAGUCAUUCCGCAUCCUGGAUGCAUCCCAGAUGGCACCCUAUUCCCUAUAUAGUGCACUACUUUUUGGAACAGGGCCUAGAGAAGAGGGUGCCGUUUGGGAGCCACUGCCCACCAUGUACAUAUGUAUUAAAGGUCAAUGACUGGGCUGUAGUAGGAGGUCUGCUCUUUAGAUAAGUAUUACACUGCUGCCAAAGUUUCUAACUCAGUGGUUUUACUCAAAGAAAAUCCGUUGAGUUUGAAUGGAAAAGAUGAAAGAAAGAUUCAGAAAUGGAAAAGACUUGGUAUUAAUGAAUGUAAAGGCAAGAGGCCGCCAGUUGUUUCAAAAUAUUGUAGUUGUAAUCACGUAAUACUUAAGAAUCUCAGUCAAUUCCUUACAGCAUGGGUAGCAUGUGUCAAACUGGAACAAAGCAUUAAGACCCUUCAGAUCAGCUUCAGGUUCUCUCUUGGUUUUCUCUCAGUCCGUUCCACUGCUGGUAGUGAGUCAGGUUGUUGUGUAGUUGGCCUGUUAGCUACUUCCUGUCUGGAGGGGAGGCCUGGUGGAGAUCUGGUUUGCAUUACACACACACACACAGACACACACACACACACACACACACACAGACAGACACACACAGACAGACAUACACACAGACAGACAGACACAGACACACACACACACACACACACACACAGACACACACACACAGACACACACACACACAGACACACACACACACACACACACACACACACACACACACACACAGACACACACACACACACAGACACACACACACACACACACACAGACACAGACACACAGACACACACACACACACAGACACACACACACACACACACACACAGACACACACACACACACACACACACAGACACACACACACACACACACACACACAGACACACACAGACACACACUAUAUUAAAACCACAUGCUGACAUUUUCCCUGUAAUGGUUCACAUCAGUGCUGCCACACCAGUGGAUUAAUACCCAACAACAUUCUCUGUUACACUGAUCUCCCAACCAGCUGGCUUGAAGUGUGUGUGUGUGUGUGUGUGUGUGUGUGUGUGUGUGUGUCUGUGUGUGUGUGUGUGUGUGUGUGUGUGUGUGUGUGUGUGUGUGUGUGUCUGUGUGUGUUGUGUGUGUCUGUGUGUCUGUGUGUCUCUGUGUGUGUCUCUGUGUGUUGUGUUAAGGGGUUGCAGAGUAGAGCUGGACAACAGAGAAAACACAACAUUUCCAUCUGUAGCAUGAUGACCAUAAACUAAACUAACAUCAACCACUGUUCUGGUAGCUGACCUCUGACCUGUGUGUUGACCCCUCUCCAGGAGAAGGUGAUCAUUGGGGUGGCCUAUGACUGCGUGGAGAAGAUGGUCUACUGGACAGACAUCACAUCCCCCUCUAUCAGCAAGGCCAACCUGCAGGGAGGAGAAACCAUCCCUGUCAUCAGCUCAGGUGACCAGGGGUUAGAGUUCAGUUCACUCUCAGAUGCACCACAUCUGUUGGUCAGGUCUGUUGGCUUGCUAAAUUAGCUGGGUGUCAGUGUUCUAGAAUGUGGUGUCAGCAAUUAGUAUUAAGUGCCUUGCUCAAGGGCAUAUCACCUAGUCGGCUCGGGGAUUCAAACCAGCAACCUUUCGGUUACUGGCCCAACGCUCUUAACCGCUGGGCUACCUUCCUCCAUCAGUGUUCUAGAGUGUGGUGCCAGUGUUCUAGAAUGUGGUGUCAGUGUGCUAGAGUGUGGUGCCAGUGUUCUAGAAUCUGGUGCCAGUGUUCUAGAAUGUGGUGUCAGUGUUCUAGAGUGUGGUGCCAGUGUUCUAGAAUGUGGUGUCAGUAUUCUAGAGUGUGGUGCCCGUGUUCUAGAAUGUGGUGUCAGUGUUUUAGAAUCUGGUGUCAGUGUUCUAGAGUGUGCUCCCUUCUAAAUUCAAAUUUUUAUGUUUUAUUGACUGAUGUCUUCCUCUCAGAUUUGGAGAGUCCAGAAGGGAUCACCAUAGACCACCUGGGUCGAACCCUGUUCUGGACAGAUUCCAUGAAGGACCGCAUCGAGGUGUCCUCUCUGGACGGGACCCAGCGACGCGUCCUCAUCGACACGGACUUGGUCAACCCCCGAGCCAUCAUCGUUGACCCUGUCAAUGGGUGGGUCACCAUUGUAGAUCAGUGCAUCUCCUCGAGAAGGGAUGGACUGGCCAUCGGUCAGUUCGGGCAAAUCCCAGAUGUGCCGGUCCAUUGUUAGCCCAGUGGGCUUGUCUAUAUGGAUUGUGUUUAAUUAAUUGGCUAAUAAUGGGGGCCUUGAGGAAAACAUUGGGAUGGUGUGUUAGAAUGGACCUAUUUAUGGUCCAGUCUGUCUCACUCCUCCAGUACCCAUCUCUUCCAGUACAUCUGAUUCUACUGGUCAACUAAUCACCAAGCCCUUCAGUAGUUGAAUCAGCUGGGUCAGCAGACAUCAGAUUCUGUAAGUGGGGUACUGGAGGAGAGGUUUGGGAACACUGAUAUAGAUAGAUGUACCUCUCUGUGUUUAAUGCCGUAUUCACUACACUGUGAAUAUGAAGGGCUAUAGGAAUAUGAAGGGCUAUUCUACUUUAACUCUGGUAUUAAAGUGCCUGUUUUGGCAGGAAAAUCAGUAUCUCAAGUUACAACACCAUCUACUGUAAGACCUGUGUCUAUAUACAGUUGAAGUCAGAAGUUUACAUACACCUUAGCCAAAGACAUUUAAACUCAGUUUAUCACAAUUCCUGACAUUUAAUCCUAGUAAAAAUUCCCUGUCUUAGGUCAGUUAGGAUCACCACUUUAUUUUAAGAAUGUGAAAUGUCAGAAUAAUAGUAGAGAAUAGUAGAGAGAAUGUUUUAUUUCUUUCAUCACAUUCCCAGUGGGUCAGAAGUUUACAUACAGUGGGGAAAAAAUGUAUUUAGUCAGCCACCAAUUGUGCAAGUUCUCCCACUUAAAAAAAUGAGAGAGGCCUGUAAUUUUCAUCAUAGGUACACGUCAACUAUGACAGACAAAUUGAGAUUUUUUUUCCAGAAAAUCACAUUGUAGGAUUUUUAAUGAAUUUAUUUGCAAAUUAUGGUGGAAAAUAAGUAUUUGGUCAAAAACAAAAGUUUCUCAAUACUUUGUUAUAUACCCUUUGUUGGCAAUGACACAGGUCAAACGUUUUCUGUAAGUCUUCACAAGGUUUUCACACACUGUUACUGGUAUUUUGGCCCAUUCCUCCAUGCAGAUCUCCUCUAGAGCAGUGAUGUUUUGGGGCUGUCACUGGGCAACAACUCCCUCCAAAGAUUUUCUAUGGGUUUGAGAUCUGGAGACUGGCUAGGCCACUCCAGGACCUUGAAAUGCUUCUUACGAAGCCACUCCUUCGUUGCCCGGGUGGUGUGUUUGGGAUCAUUGUCAUGCUGAAAGACCCAGCCACGUUUCCUCUUCAAUGCCCUUGCUGAUGGAAGGAGGUUUUCACUCAAAAUCUCACGAUACAUGGCCCCAUUCAUUCUUUCCUUUACACGGAUCAGUCGUCCUGGUCCCUUUGCAGAAAAACAGCCCCAAAGCAUGAUGUUUUCACCCCCAUGCUUCACAGUAGGUAUGGUGUUCUUUGGAUGCAACUCAGCAUUCUUUGUCCUCCAAACACGACGAGUUGAGUUUUUACCAAAAAGUUAUAUUUUGGUUUCAUCUGACCAUAUGACAUUCUCCCAAUCCUCUUCUGGAUCAUCCAAAUGCACUCUAGCAAACUUCAGACGGGCCUGGACAUGUACUGGCUUAAGCAGGGGGACACGUUUCGCACUGCAGGAUUUGAGUCCCUGGCGGCGUAGUGUGUUACUGAUGGUAGGCUUUGUUACUUUGGUCCCAGCUCUCUGCAGGUCAUUCACUAGGUCCCCCCGUGUGGUUCUGGGAUUUUUGCUCACCGUUCUUGUGAUCAUUUUGACCCCACGGGGUGAGAUCUUGCGUGGAGCCCCAGAUCGAGGGAGAUUAUCAGUGGUCUUGUAUGUCUUCCAUUUCCUAAUAAUUGCUCCCACAGUUGAUUUCUUCAAACCAAGCUGCUUACCUAUUGCAGAUUCAGUCUUCCCAGCCUGGUGCAGGUCUACAAUUUUGUUUCUGGUGUCCUUUGACAGCUCUUUGGUCUUGGCCAUAGUGGAGUUUGAAGUGUGACUGUUUGAGGUUGUGGACAGGUGUCUUUUAUACUGAUAACAAGUUCAAACAGGUGCCAUUAAUUCAGGUAACGAGUGGAGGACAGAGGAGCCUCUUAAAGAAGAAGUUACAGGUCUGUGAGAGCCAGAGAUCUUGCUUGUUUGUAGGUGACCAAAUACUUUUUUUCCACCAUAAUUUGCAAAUAAAUUCAUAAAAAAUCCUACAAUGUGAUUUUCUGGAUUUUUUUCUCUCAAUUUGUCUGUCAUAGUUGACGUGUACCUAUAAUGAAAAUUACAGGCCUCUCUCAUCUUUUUAAGUGGGAGAACAUGCACAAUUGGUGGCUGACUAAAUACUUUUUUUCCCCACUGUACACUCAAUUAGUAUUUGGUAGCAUUGCCUUUAAAUUGUUUAACUUGGGUCAAAUGUUUCGGGUAGCCUUCCACAAGCUUCCCACAAAAUAUUGGGUGAAUUUUGGCCCAUUCCUCCUGACAGAGCUGGUGUAACUGAGUCAGGUUUGUAGGCCUCCUUGCUCGCACACUCUUUUUCAGUUCUGCCCUCACAUUUUCUAUAGGAUUGAGGUCAGGGCUUUGUGAUGGCCACUCCAAUACCUUGACUUUGUUGUCCUUAAGCCAUUUUGCCACAACUUUGGAAGUAUGCUUGGGGUCAUUGUCCAUUUGGAAGACCAAUUUGCGACCAAGCUUUAACUUCCUGACUGAUGUCUUGAGAUGUUGCUUCAAUAUAUCCACAUAAUUUUCCUUCCUCAUGAUGCCAUCUAUUUUGUGAAGUGCACCAGUCCCUCCUGCAGCAAAGCACCCCCACAGCAUGAUGCUGCCACCCCCGUGCUUCACGGUUGGGAUGGUGUUCUUCGGCUUGCAAGCAACCCCCUUUUUCCUCCAAACAUAACGAUGGUCAUUAUGACCAAACAGUUCUAUUUUUGUUUCAUCAGACCAGAGGUCCAAAAAGUACGAUCUUUGUCCCCAUGUGCAGUUGCAAACCGUAGUCUGGCUUUUUUAUGGAGGUUUUGGAGCAGUGGCUUCUUCCUUGCUGAGCGGCCUUUCAGGUUAUGUCGAUAUAGGACUAGUUUUACUGCGGAUAUAGAUACUUUUGUACCUGUUUCCUCCAGCAUCUUCACUUGGUUCUUUGCUGUUGUUCUGGGAUUGAUUUGCACUUUUCGCACCAAAGUACGUUCAUCUCUAGGAGACAGAACGCGUCUCCUUCCUGAGCGGUAUGAUGGCUGCGUGGUCCCAUGGUGUUUAUACUUGCGUACUAUUGUUUGUACAGAUGAACGUGGUACUUUCAGGCGUUUAGAAAUUGCUCCCAAGGAUGAACCGGUCUACAAUUUUUGGCUGAUUCCUUUUGAUUUUCCCAUGAUGUCAAGCAAAGAGGCACUGUGUUUGAAGAUAGGCAUUGAAAUACAUCCACAGGUACACCUCCAAUUGACUCAAAUGAUGUCAGUUAGCCUAUCAGAAGCUUCUAAAGCCAUGACAUAAUUUUCUGGAAUUUUCCAAGCUGUUUAAAAGCACAGUCAACUUAGUGUAUGUAAACUUCUGACCCACUGGAAUUGUGAUACAGUGAAUUAUAAGUGAAAUAAUCUGUUUGUAAAGAAUUGUUGGAAAAAUUACUUGUGUCAUGCACAAAGUAGAUGUCCUAACCGACUUGCCAAAACUAUAGUUUGUUAACAAGAAAUGUGUGGAGUGGUUGAAAAACGAGUUUUAAUGACUCCAACCUAAGUGUAUGUAAACCUCCGACUUCAACUGUAUAACACUACCAUAGCAAUCCUUUCAUGCAAUUUCAAGUCCUUAGAAACGAUGCUCACUAUCAAAAGCAACUGUGAGUCAGUAAGAUAUGUGUAUGGGUAUAUGAAGAGCUAUUCUACCCUAACUCCUUUGCAUAGCUAGGCCUGUUAUACAGGAUAGCUUAUAUGCUACAAACGCCAAGAUUUCAAGAAAUGUGUACAUUAUCCAAUUUCGUGUCAGUAAGAUAUUCACCGCUCUGUUCUUUCCACCAGCAACAUGUACUGGGCAGACUGGAACCGCGACGCUCCUAAGAUAGAGACUGCUGCCAUGGAUGGGACCAACAGACGAGUUCUGGUGAAGGAUGACCUGGGGCUACCUAACGGACUCACCUACGACCCUCAGAGCUCUCAGCUGUGCUGGGCCGAUGCAGGUACAGGGUUACUACAGAUGAGGAUGACAGGAGAAAAGCUUUGUCACUUUUUAAGUUCA